ACGCCGCCCGCUGUAAUUUUCUAACCUCACAAAAAAAAGUGACACAUGCGGAAAGUGCGUAGUAUAUAGUCCGGUUAUUGUUUGAAUAAUAUAAUUAAUAUUUUAAUGAAUAGUACAUAAAGAGAAGACUGCAAAAUGUCGAGAGUCAAACGACUUAGUAUUCGUGGUAUUCGGAAUUUUAGCGAUGACAAAGAAUCAGAACCUAUUGUGUUUACACGACCGAUGACCCUCAUCCUGGGACCAAAUGGAACAGGCAAAACAACUAUUAUCGAAUGUCUCAAGUAUGCGACAACCGGUGAUUUUCCUCCAGGUACAGAUAAUGGAAGAUGUUUUAUUUUCGAUCCAAAAUUGACAAACAAUCCUACUGUACGAGGAGUUAUAAAAGCUGAAGUUAUUAAUAAAAAAGGCGAUUCACUGGUUGUAUCAAAAACGGUCGAAUGUACGCAAUUAGCGAAAUCUAUUAAAUUAAAAUCCUUAGAUUCAACCAUAACUAGAACUGAUGCCGUCACAAAGAAGAGAUCCCAAAUAAGCGGUCGAUGUGCUGAUAUAACAGCCGAAAUUACACGUGCUCUAGGAGUGUCAAAACCUAUAAUUAAUUAUGUCAUAUUUUGUCAUCAAGAGGAAUUUAAUUGGCCAUUUGACGAUGGAAAGAAAUUAAAAGAAAAAUUCGAUGAGAUAUUUGGAACUACAAAGUUCAAUAAAGCUUUGGAUAAUUUGCGAAGUAUUAUUAAAAUUCACACUGCGGAUAAUAAAAUUUUGACAGUCGAGAAGGAUAAGUAUCGUAUUUUAGUCAAUCAAGUCAAAGAUGUGGAAAACAAGAUCGAAGAAAUUAAUAAUCGAAAGCAAAGAUCUUUUAUCAGAAUUGAAGAAAUAACAAACGAGCUACUACCAUUACAGGAGAAAAUUCAAGAAAAUGAAAAUAAAGAAAUUGAGUACAAGAAAAUUAUUGUAAACGAAGAUAAAAAGAAAAUGGAAUUCAAUUUAGCCAAAAAGGAAGUCGAUAAUUUAAAAUCGACUAUUCAUAAAAUUUUCGAAGGCACAACUGAUGAAUUGAAACACGAUCUUGAAAUGGAUGAGAAUUUUCUCUCCAAGAAACAGGAAGAAAUUAAAGAGUUUGAAAAUCAAGUGCAUUCAGAAUCGAAGAAAGAGCAAAAAUUAUCAAGUGAAAUUGCAGAACAAAGAAUUCAAAUUGGAACACUACAGCAAAAAAUGGAGGAUCACAAUGAUAGAAUUACUGUUAGGAAUUCAAUGUUGGAAAAGGCUUUAGCUACGUUUGAUACGGAGAUUAAAUUAAAGAACAGCACAGAAGAUGAAAUUGAAGAAUGGAUGAAAACGUUAACUGAGAAAUUCGAGAAACUAGAAAGUGACAUCGAAGAAACUCGUCGAAAAAAGGAACUCGAGGAACAAAUUCUCCAAAAAGAAGUCGACACUGUAAGAGCCGAAAAAUCAAGAAUCGAAUCAGUGACAAAUGUUCGUGACAAAGAACUCUUGGAAAUUCGAAGGGAAAUUAAAACCGUGCAAUCAGAAAUUGCUGAGGUCGGCAUAGCAGGAACAAAAUUAAAUGAAAUAGAAAUGAAACUUAGAGAAGUGAAUAACCGAUGCGAGGCACUUGGUAAAAAAAUGGAUGUGAAUGCAGUCAAAGAAAAGAUAAACGAGAAAAAGAAAAAUCAAAGAACAUUAGACGAUGAAAUACACAAAUUGGAUGAGGAAAUAACAUUGAUGCAUCAAUAUAGUACACUACAGGCCGAAUUGGAUUUACAGAAAUCAUCUCUUGAAUCGAAGCAAACAAAUAUUCAGUCUAUUAAAAAUAAACAGGAAUCGAAUAUUAAAACUUUGUUGAAAGUAGACGAGGUACCAAUGAGAAAACUCAAAAAUGAUUUGGAUGAGGUUUAUCAAACUUUGACAAAAGAGAAGGACAGUUACAAUCGUAAAUUAGAGAGAGAAAAAGUGAGUGUAACAAGUUUACAGGCUUCACUGAAACACGUUGAAAAUGAUUUAAGGAAAAAAGAAGAAGAAUUAAAGAAUGACAAAGCCAUGGUAUCUAUUCAUUGUGAUUAUGAAAAUUAUGAUGAUAUUGUAGCAGAACAAUCAAAAAGAGUAAACAGUUUACAAGAUGACAAAGGAAUGUACGCCUAUAAAAAAGCAGCUUUCAAAAAAUAUUUGGAAAAAGUUGAUUCAACUGAUCCAUGUUGUCCACUUUGUAGUCGAGGUUUUAAAAGUUCUCAGGAAGCAAAAAAUUUAUCAUCUCAAAUGAAAGACGAAAUGGACACUGUGCCACAAGUUUUAAAAAAUUGUGAAGAUAAAUUAAAAGUUGAACAAAAAAAAUAUGAUUCACUUUUACGAUUGAAACCAAUUGUUGAUAAAAUUUUGAAAUUCGAGGAAACUGAUUCAAAACAAUGGAAGGAAACUAUUGAACAGAAAACAAAAAGUUUACGAGAAUCAAAGGAAAGAAUUAAUGCAAUUCGUUCGGCUUUGGAAGAACCAGAACAUUUGUUAGACGUAUGGAAAAAUCUAAGCAGCGAUAUUGUCUUGUGGGAUCAAUCGUUUAAUGAGAUUGAGAAAAUAAAUCGUCAAAUUGAAUCAGUAAAACGUCGUAUUCCAAGUGCUGGAAUGAAUUUCGAUAGAACCAUGGACGAGGCGCAAAGGGAGAAAGCUUCAUUAAGAAACUCAUUGAAAGAUCUUCGAAAUGAAGUAGAGAAAAUGCAAACGGAAUUAGAUUCUCACAAUGAAAAAGUAGAAAAAACAAAGAGCUUGAGACUUUCAUUGCAAGAGGAAAAAUUAAGAUUGUCCGCAAAUAUGCAAAAAUUGCAACAAUUUCAUGACAAAGAAACUGAACUUUCCGCCAAGAAAGAUAAAUUACUGAAAGUAAUUCAAGAAUUCAAGCAGGAACUUGUUACGGCUGAAGAUCAUCUUGAAACUGCAAUUGAGAAUUUGGAAAAAAAGAAGAACCAGAAUUCCGAAAGUGCCAGAAGUAAUAAAUUAAAAGUGGAUAUGGUGUCGAAACGUAUUUUCGAAUUGACGAAAACUCAAAAUGAAAUUGAGAAUUUCAUUGAAAGUAAAAUUGAAGUAAAAUUACAGCGCGUUGAGGAGAGAGUCAAAUCGUAUGAUUCAAUGAUAAGCACUUUAAAGGAAAGUAAAAGUAAAUUGGAGAAAAAAAUUGCAAGUCUUCGUGAGGAUAUGGUUCAACAGGAAUUAAGUAAACGAACAUUGUUGGAUAAUUUGAAACUUCGAAAGAAAGAAGGCGAAUUGGAGAGUUUGAAUUUACAAUGGGAGCACUUGAAAGCAUCAUUGAAAAAUUUCAAAAUUGAUGAUUUAAGAAGAGUUCGAAGAACUUUUAAGGAGGAAGAAGACAAAUUAAUUAGGGAGAAAAAUAAUAUCGAGGGAAUGCAAACGGAAUUAUCGAGAAAUAUUCGAGAACUGAAGAGUCAGCUUGGGAAGAGAGAACUUAAAGAUGCGAUGACAAACUUUAAAGCAAAGGCCGUGGAAUUAGUGACUUCCGGAGAAAUAAUUGAGACUUUAAAAGCAUACAGUAAAAUUCUUGAUGCAUCAAUGAUUGAUUAUCAUGAAGAGCGAAUGAAAACGGUGAAUAAAAUAAUGGAUCGAUUAUGGCGUAAAGUUUACACUGGACAUGAUACUUCGACUAUUCAAAUUCAUACAAGUGCAACUGAGGGAGUGGACUCUAACAGAAGAAGUUACAAUUACAAAUUGCUUCAAAAGAAAAAUGGCGUAUUAAUGGAUAUGAAAGGUCGUUGCAGUGCAGGUCAAAGGGUUUUGACUUCGAUAAUAAUUCGAAUGGCAUUGGCGGAAACAUUCUGCGGAGAUUGCGGUGUAAUGGCUUUAGAUGAGCCUACGACUAAUUUAGACGCAGAAAAUUCCAAAAGUUUGGCUGAAGCUCUCUGCGAAAUUGUGGCACAACGUUCAGAAGUUCAGAAAAACUUUCAGUUAAUCGUUAUCAGUCACGAUGAACCUUUCAUAAAUCUUUUAUUAAGAGCCAAUUCUCACAAAGCGUAUUAUGAACUUAAACGAGCUCCUGACGGAAGGUCUAUGAUUCAAUUACGUGAUAAGAACGGACACACGUUGGCAAAACCAAUGGCAACAUUGGAUGAAUCCUCUGAAGAUGAUGAUAUCGAUGUGGAUACAGUUCGAGUGUAAGAGUUUACUAUAUAUUCCGUUUUCGUUUCUACAUUAUUUAAAAUUAAGUGUUUCUUUAAAAACUCGCGUUCAUUACGCUUAAAAGACAUAUUUCCUAAUUUUAUUGAAGUUAUAAUUUCAAAGAAUAAUUGUCCGUACUGAAAAAGUUUGUUUUUUUAAUACUUUAAUUUUGUAAUAUUCAGACUGAAGUUAUACAAUAAACAUAUAUUUUCUAUAUUAAA